AUGAAGGAGAGCUCUGAGGUGCUGGUCAUGUUGGAUAGGUUUCGUCCAGAGCCCAGAGCGACGUGCGGUAUUGUUGACAAAGGUCAGACAUUCUCUUGCCUCCUUCUGGCUGAGGUGAUGGUUUGCCAUGGAUUUUGGUAUUUCUCCAGCAGUCCGUCGAAUACCGCAAAGAAAAUGGGCGGGCCUCCUCCGCCGAUGCCAGGGUACUCCGUGAGGUCCGAGACCCCCUACGGUCCCUGGUCAGGUCCCCCGGCCCCCUACCAGGCCGACCCUAGCGGCCACCUGACCGUAGCUCUGCCAGUGGCCGUGCCCUACCAACCACAGAUGGCACCGCCUCCACAGACACUCCAAGGUCGUCUUCACGACGUGCAGCUCGUCCCCUGCCUCUGCCCCGUCAGCACCCUCAUGGGCAAGGACUUCGACCCCUCGCAGCCCCAGACCCAAGGAGCGCCCCAGGCCUCCAACUACGCUCAGAUGCAGCACCAGGCGUCAUCCACCGCCAACAACCCCUAG